AUUUCAGAGACAUAAAAAUAAGAUUAUAAUCAAUGAUGUGAUCUAAUAAAAAUUAAAUUACGAUUACUAUGGUUUUUAAUUUUAUUAAAAUAAAAGUUUUCUGUGCUUUGCAACCUUCCCAAAAUAAUAAUUUAUCUAGAUCAGUACAUUGUGUAGAGGAUUAUUACCUUGAGUUCAGAUAAAAUUUAGUUUGAUCAUGACCAAAGUAGCAGCUGGAUUUGUAAUUUUCAGAAGAUUUACAGGAGUAAUUGAGUUCCUCUUAUUACAAACUUCUUAUGGAGAACAUCAUUGGACACCUCCUAAAGGCCAUACAGAUCCAGGCGAAACCGAUUUAGAGGCUGCAUACAGAGAAACUAAAGAAGAAGCGGGAUUCACAAAGUCUGACUUUAAAGUUUUUGAGAAUGAAAAAUUCACACUAAAUUAUGAUGUUAAAGGAAAACCAAAAACAGUUUACUAUUGGUUAGCAGAAUUAACCAAUAAAAAUGUAACUGUAACACUGUCUAAUGAACAUCAAGAUUUCAAAUGGCUAUCAGUUCAAGAGGCUUCUAAUUUAGCUAAAUAUGAAGAUAUGGUGAAUUUACUCAACAAAUGCCAUACAACUAUAACUGAGAAAUAUAAUAAAUAAAAUUAUUUCAAAUUUCACAAGAAUUAUAUUCAAUAUAUACACAAACAUAUCUUUGAAACAACAUUAAAUUAUUUUUUGAAUCUUUUA